AUGGAUUCUCUUUUUCAGCCGUUCCCUUUUGUUGACAACAUUAAAUUUCCCAAGCAGUCAUUUGCUGAUGAAGUGGCGAAAACACGCAAUCUACAACAAGAUGUGAUUAUAGCUAAAAUUAAGGAACAAGCAAAAUCAAUCGAAGUUUCAUAUCCAUCUCUUGCACAGACAUUUGAAAAUCUGGUAAUUAAAAUUCGAGACGACUUUGAUGCAAAAUGUAAAGGUAGCAAUAAGUUUGAAAUGUUACCAGUAAUUGCAAAUGAAAAAUAUUACCCAGAUUCCGCCGAUACCAGCGAUGUUAAAUUAAUUCGUCCAGAUCAGCUAUUUAAAUUCCUUAAAGAUUCUUUUACAGCUAUAGAUGUCAAAGAUUAUUCAUAUCUCCUCAAGUAUGGCAUAUCUCCAAGUUCAUAUCCAUUAGCAAAACUGAUGAUAAUUUUAAAGCUGAUUUCAAAACAAACUAAAUUUGAUAUUGACGAAGAAGUUAAAAAAGAAAUUAUUUCGGAAGACAGAAGUCAAAACAAUUUGGACCAAAAACCUCAAAUCUUCACAAGGUUACGCAAAAUACCCAAUCAUCCCAUCGAAAACUGGAUUAAAAGUCAAGAAAUUACGAAUCUGAUUCAAAAAUCUCCAAACCAAACCAUUUACAUUAAUUCGUCUCCCGGAUCCUACAUUGUAUUAGAUAAUUCACAAGGAAGAUGCAUUAUCAAUGUUGCCUCUCAAAAAUACGCAAUUAAUAAUAAUGAUUUUAAAGAUUUGAGUGGUAUCAUUGAUAACAGAUACAAAAUUACAAGUGCUGCCAUUAUAGAUGGUUGUUUGACUUUUAUUCUCCUUAAUAAUUAUGAAGUCAGUGUUAUUGUUUACAGAAACAGUGAAAUUCCAACUGAUCCAGGAAUGGGCGAAAUCAUCGAUUUGGAUGUCAAAACAGCUUUUUCAGGAACAUGCAUUCAUAUUAUUAACAAUGAAUUGCAUAUCUAUACUGCAUCCAAUAGCAUUACCAUUUUCGAUUUAAGAAACAUGAUAAUCGUUGACGAAAAGCCUCAAUAUUACAUCUAUUCAACCGUUAACUUUUCUGAAAAAGAAAUUUUUGGAAUCAGUUUUCACGAAGAUACAAUACUUGUUGAUAUCCGGCCGAAAGGAAAAUGCGAAGAUUAUUUCUUUCAUUGA